AUCAACAAAGUGGUGAUUCUCAUCUGGGAUGCUAUCUGCAAAGCCACUCAGGUACUGUCCACCGCCACACGACAUUCAUUACUACGUCCAACUCGUGAGAUCGUGCACCGAGUGCAAGGAUCUUCAACAGGGCAGGCAGGCCCAUCAACUGAUUCUCAAGAGUUUGCACUACGACAGCGUCUUCCUCGCAAACCUCCUCAUCAACAUGUUCGGAAAAUGCGGCAGCGUUGCCGAAGCUCGCAAGAUCUACGACAAAGUCGAGGACCCAGGCGUUCACGGCAACACGAUUAUGCUCACGGCCUAUACCCAGAACGGGUAUCUCCGGGAGGCCAAGGAGAUGUUCGACUCGAUGCGAGACAAGGGGGUGGUGUCCUGGACCAGCAUGGUCAGUGGCUUCGCUGAACACUCUCGACUCCGGGAAGCCAGCGAUUUCUUCGACAAGAUGCCGCAGUGGAACGUGGUGACCUGGAACGCUCUCUUGACUGGAUAUGCCCGUCACGGGCAUCUCGACGAGGCGUGCUCGAUGUUCCAAGUCAUGCCGCAGCUCAACCUCACCUCCUGGACAACCGUCGUCUCCUCGCUGUGUCAACACGGCCGGCUCGACGAAGCAAGGAUACUGUUCGAGAGGAUCCCCCAAUGGAACACACUCUCGUGGAACUACAUGAUCCAGGGGUAUGCCAAGGGACGGAGGCUGGAAGACGCAAAGCAGCUCUUCGAUCGAAUGCCAUACAGGGAUGCGGCAUCGUGGACAGCCAUCAUUGCGGAAUACGCACAGAACGCGCAUUUGGACUCGGCUGGCAGGAUGUUUGCGAGGAUGCCGAGCCAGAACGUAGUGACUUGGAACGUCAUGCUGGUGGCUUAUGCCCAGAACGGACAUCUCGAGAAAGCGAGCAGCUUGUUUUGGAGCAUGCCGGAGCGGGAUAUCGUCUCCUGGACUGCAGCACUUCAAGGCUUUGGGGAACAGGGAUACGUCGAGACCGCGACCAAGAUGUUCCAAGCCAUGCCGCUCAGGGACACCAUAGCUUGGAGUGCUGUGAUGCAAGCUCUUGGAGAGAACGGCCACCUCGAGGAAGCCAAGCGCUUGUUCGACUCCAUGCCGGAGCCGGACUCGGUGGCCUGGACGUGCAUGAUUCGAGCCUACGGGAUGAACGAAGAUGUCCAGACGGCCAAACGACUCUUCGACACAAUGCCGUGCCGGACAGCUCCUGCGUGGUCGGUGCUCCUCACUGCCUUUGCUGAGAACGGUCACUUUGAUGGAGCGAAGUCACUCUUCAAUAAGUUCCCGGCCAGGACGGUAUGGAUCUGGAACUCCAUCCUGUUCCUCAACGCUCAGAAGGGUCGCGUCGACACCGCCAGGGAGUACUUGCUUUACGAUCUGCCGGAGGUGGACGUGGUCUCGUGGAACAUGAUAAUCCACGGAUAUGCACAGAGCGGGCAAGGGGACUGUGGAAUGCUCGUCUUCCAGGCGAUGGUGCUGGACGGGACGAGGCCGGACAACGUAACUUUCACGGGGGUGCUACUUACAUGCAACCACGUCGGUUUGCUCUCUCAAGGCGAGGUGAUGUUCGUGUCCAUGGUCGAGGACCACGGCUUGGUCCCCGGGGUGGAGCAUUUCAAUCUCCUCAUCGACAACCUCGGACGGUGUGGCCAGCUCCAGAGAGCCGAGGACGUUCUCCACACCAUGCCUUACGAGGCCGACCCGCUGACUUGGACGACGUUCCUCAACCUUUGCAAGGUCCAUGGCGACUUAAAGAGAGCCGAGCUUGCUGCCGAGAGAGUGGUGAAGCUCCAGCCCGAGAGCUCCGCGCCUUACGUGCUACUCUACAACAUCUACGCUGUCCCGGACGAGAAGAGAAAGCAUGGCUUGCUCUCGAGGCUGUCACGCAAGCAGCGGAGCAAGAUCAGUGCCGGCUCUCGACUGCACGACUCUGGACCAAGAGAAAGGAGUCUUGGCGACAUUUCUUGAGAGGUGAUGCUCGUCAUGGAGAUUCAAGCUGACGAACAGUGGUCAACCACUGCGCCGAUUCGUGAUGAUAAAGACCGAACACCCGUAAGCGUUUACGCAAGAAAUCACGGUGUUCUACUGAUACGUGCUUGCGUGUUCUAGGUGGAAGAGCUUUUACGCGAACGAUUAAAAGUACGACAUAUAGCUUAUUAGCAACUGAGAGAGUGACCAAAAACCACAAAAAUGAGCAACAAGAUCAAGCUGCUCCAAGAAUCAAAAUGGAGCGAGCCACUACCAAAACCAAAACUAGACGUACAAGCAAUUCAACUUGCCUGCCUGCCUGGUAAGAGUUCCUCUUAUUUUUCUUUUCUUAGCGAACCUGAUCGCUCUUCUUCGUC